AUGGCGUUCUUCAAAAGUUUCCAGGAGAGCCUGUCCUCUGUAUCAGUCUCUUCCAUUCUGGACACGGUGUCCAGCACCGUCUCAAACACAGUGGACGGUGUGAGGACGGCGGUGAACGAUGUGACAUACACGGUGAGCGACCAGCUGACAGAGCAGGUCAACACCAUCAUCAGCAAGAAGCAGGGUGAGGAUGAGGACAAAGGGAAAAGGGAAGAAGGUGAGGCGUCCUCCGAAGCAGAGAGCAGGACAGGAGCAGCGGGACGAAUAAACUCAAAGAGACAUGCUUACAUAGACGAGGAGGAGGAGAGACGGGAGAGGGAGAAGCAGGAGCAGGAUCGGAGGAACGAGGAGGAGCAGUGGGAGUGGUGUUACGCUCCAGCUAAGGGCUGGUACCGCAAACGCAAAGACCCAAACCAGAAAGACACCGGGGAGCAGAGACAGGCAGAGAGACAGGAGAAUAAAGGGAUGGGAACAGAAGUGAGUGGAGAGCUGUCCACUUCCAACAGAGACGUGAACUCAGAGAAAGUGAUGGAGAAUAAUGAAGGAGGACAGGAGGACACCAUCUCUAAGACCAGUGCUGAGACAGCAUACUGUGAGGACACUGGGACAGAAGAAUGUCUAAAUUCCGACAAUGACCAGACACACGGACAUGUUCAAGAUGGUCACGCACAAGACGGACAUGUCCGGGACAGGCAUGCUGAAAAUCAACAUGUCCAAGAUAAAGCUGCCCAAGAUGGACAAAACAGAGACGAGACUCAGCUGGAUAAAAGAAGAAACUCCACAUCUACUAAACCUACACAAAACACAGGGGGUGGAGCUAUGGAGAGUACUAAUGUGGAGAGACAGUUACCUGUGGACGGAGAAAGCGAAGAAGACAGCGGCAGGUCAAGAGGCUCGAGUGUCCUAAAAGACGAACAGGAUGAGGAACAUGCCACAGGGUCACAGGGUCAUUUAGAGGACACUGAGGUCAGUGGGGACAAAAAGGAAACGGAGCGUUCCAAUACCAAAGAUCGCUUCCGCCGCUGUACUGUCCUCUGAGGCUCCGCCCACUGAUCAACCUGUCCAAUCAGGGACAAUGUGGCUA